CAAAACUUUUACAAAACAUAGUAUGAUCAUAUUAAACACUGUUCUGUACCUAUAGAACAUAAUUGGAUCGAGUGUUUAAACAUUAAUAUCUCUUGAAAAAUACAUAACUUAAAAAACGGUUGGUAAGCUUAACGGGUUGAUUCAAAUUUUUUUUUCACUUCUCGGACGACGUUGCAGCGCCGGUGCGACUGUUGUCUGGACAUGGUGCUCAAGUCGUUUUUCCAGAUGUUCAACCCYCGYGUGGAAGCUGGUCCUGGACGGUUGGUGAGCCGACACCGGUACAACGACGGCUUCAUGCCCGACUAUCCGUUGGAGGUUAUCGGUCACGACGGCGAGUGGGUCAAGCCRCCCAACGACAACGACGACGGAAACGUGCAGACGGCCGACUACGUGGACGAUGGUAAUGAUGUGAGUUCGGGAGGCGGUACGAGCAGUGGUAACAGCGCAAGUUCGGGAGAUGGUGCAGGUCGUACGAGUGGCGAUAGUAGCCACCGCCGAAUGGAAUACUCCAUCCAACAACAGAAGAUUGACGCGGCUGUCUGUGCAGCAGCAGUUCCGAGUUCCGGUCCAGGGUUGCGGCCCGACGACCAUCGGCCCUUUUCGGAUUUCAUCGCCAGCCUGCUCAAAACGGUUCAACUGACACCCCGCGCGAUUCUCAAAAAGUCAAAAGGCAAACCCACCGGUGCAAUCCUAGCAGCCUCAAAGACGGCUAUACACUAACUGCGACACACCGGUGGCAUCCCGCGAUAGCGUAGUUUCAAGACUUAACGGUGGGUGUAGUGGGUGGGCACAAUACGAAGGACAAAACUAUUUUGAACUUAUUUCUUCAAACUUUUUUUCAAGUGCCUAAA